AUGGAUACGAUAUCAACAAAGCCAGAAGCCAUCGAUGAGGACCGAUCUCCGAUAACCCCUUCAACUUCUCGUAGGCGUCGCAGUCGCGCGCCUUCCGUCCAAAAAAGUACUCCGAAACGCCCACGGACCACUGCUUCAACAAAGUCGUCUCGUGGCGGCAAAGGUGGAAGGAGUCGUGGUAGUACCGCUCGGACGAAAGCCGCGAAAUCCGCCGUCGGUGCCGAUGAGGCUGAUGCAGCAGAGGAUUUCACAGCUUUAGCUGCUAGUGCUCUAGACUAUGCAGAAGACUCUUCCACACAAGAAGAUGAUGAUAAUGAUGACGAUGACGACGAUGACGAUGCAGGCAGCGACUAUGUGCCCGAUGCAGCUGAAGCUGAUCACAAUGACGAGGACGAGUUUGAGGAAAUGGACGUGGAUGUAUCAAGGACUCCUCGUAGGCGUCGAGGUCGAAGGUCGAAUGCUGCUACUUCCAGCAUACAGAACCAGGAUGACGAUUUCGAUAUCAGCGAUUAUGAAGAUGACGACGAUGGGAUGCAGGAGAGUCGUGUCAGCCUGAUGAAUGAGGUGUCUGCAAUGCAGGAUUCAAGUAGGCAUGACGAACCCUUGGGACUCUUUUCCGACAUGGCAGCUGCGGUUGGGGCGGUCGGUAAUUCUCUCGGUGGCAAUGGCGAUAAAGACAUCUAUGACUUUGAUGCUCAGAGUAUCGCCUCAGAUAAGCGUUUUCGCAAAAUGCGACAAUCGGCUGCAGCUCGGCAAAAUCGUAAAUCUGGAGCUGGCGGUGGUGGUGGAGGAAGCGCUUCCCGUUCCCGACCUGCCAAUCGACCAGCCACUCAAGUGGGUGCCAGUUGGGGUUCGAAUAUAUACAGUGCCCUAGCAACCUCUCUCAAAACUCGUGCUGACCUCGAUGCCUACACGAACUUUUUAAAGUGUCCAUAUCUCAACAAUUGCAUGGAUUCUAUGUUCGUUGACAUGUGCCGUCCUAGUAACCAACACAUGGGUCUAUUUUUUGGUCCCUCUGCCAGCUUGCAAAGUCUCAUGGGUCGUGUGAAUGAUCCAGACAAGGUGGUUGAGCUUUUGCACGCAUUUAUGUCUAAGUCAUACGAUACUCUGGCGAAUAGAAUUCUUUGGUUUGUGCCCAUCAUUCACCAGCAGCCAGUUCCUCUCUCAAAUAUGUGUGCCUUUGCCGAAAGACUUUCUACUCUAUCUAAGAGUCUAGACUCGGAUAUGGCAAUUGAGCCGGCGUAUAUUUUGGAGGGCGAUCUCAACGUCCUUGUUCAAACUGGUGCACCUUUUACAGAUCUUGAAGUUUCACUGAUUCAGCAGACCGCUAUAAAUAGCGCCGGUCAUAUGGGUCGUUUUAUGACAGACGUGCAUCAAAUUAUUCUCUCCAACGACUUUUGGGAUCAAUUGAAUGAUCUUGUGGCUCUACCUUACGAGAAGAUAAUCAGCUACGCAGAGAGAGGUAAUAACACCGCUGAAGGUGAUGCUUCAGUGAACCUUGAAGCCAUCGAGCCACCAUGUCUCCAUCGUAUCAUUGCAGCUGUAAACAGUGAGAACAAACUAUUGGGCAUAGCUCUCACUGACACCUGGGAUCUUAAUAAGGUUCCACUUUCUCGAAAACGGCGAAGUCUGAACUUUGAGAACCUCCAAAGGGGGCCUCUUCAGCUCACGGUGACUGACCGGACAUCAUCUGUGACCGAAGAGCUUCCUAUCGAUUUGGACACAUAUGGAGUGUUGGAGCAGAUUUUGGAUGAUGUGGCUACUUUAAGGGCUCUUGAAGACGAAUCGGCUGAGACUACGACCAUUCGCACUUCGCCCCAAAUCGGUCGCAUUCACUUGAUGGAUUGUUUCUUGCUCAAACCCAAUAGUCGGAAGGAUGCUCUUAUCUUGGUCUGUUACGAGGCCAGUGCCAGCCCGCCUAUGCCAAAUCCUAGUCCACCUGGUUCUAGUCCAUUCAAAGUGUACUCUCUCGUUAGUGAGGAGAAUUUCUUUUUCUCCCGGUUCGGCAUCACUUCUGAUUCUCCUGCCCUCAUGGAUGGUAUGUUCACCGCUGAUCCCGAAGCUUUGAUCGAACGCAAAGCUGUAGCUAUUCUACCUGAUUUGGUGUUUAACAAUCUCCGUUCCAUUGCUCUUCGUGAAGUAGUUGCUUCAAGUGGCACUGCUAUUGUGAAUGCAGUGCUUACAAACAUAAACACGGAUGCGGAAACACCAAGCAUCUAUCGCUGCUCCAAGUUUAUCCUCGUAGAUAGCCAACGCCGCGUUCCCCUUGCAAUAGUUUUUGAGGUUCCCAUUCGUCUUUCUUGGAUAAUUGAUGCUAACGAAUGUUCUGUUCGACCUCUCGACACCUCUGCCCUCAACACCGAGUUUUCCUCUGUCACUGCGGACACCCUGUCUGCCGUGGAGGCCAAAUUUUCUCCCAAUAUUACAGAGUGCCGUCUCGUAGUUAUUAACGGACUCCUCUACUCUCUCCAGGUGGAUGAGAAUCGUGUUCUUCAGCGAAUUGUAGAACUUCUCCCAGCUGGUUAUGGUAAUCCGACUGGUCAUCCUGAUCAUGCUGCCCUGGCACCCCAAGCCGUCACUGGUGAUGCUCGAGCUUCCUCUGCCUUCCUCCGCAUCUUCAAUGAAGAAAGCUCGACCUCUUCUGUCUUUCCUAUGGUCUAUCUUCCGCAUUUCGGCCAGCAAACUCUUGUGAACCAAGUGGCAAGUUUCUGUGAUGAGUUGGUUGACCAUGUCUACACCAGUCCUGUUUCCUUUUCCCUCUACGAUGUUGUUUUCCGUAUGGCCAUCAAGCACACUCCCAAAAUGCUGGCUAGGCAACAUCGUGAAGCUGCAGAGGCCGCAGCAGCAGCGUCAGCUGAAGCUAAUCCUAAUGAUCCUCCUCCUCCACCCGUUCCUAUGCCUGAGCACUGGGGUGUGUGUUCUAUAUGCUCGAAGGAGUUGCACUCCGUUAGCGGUUUGCUAGAACAUGAGCUUCGGCAUAUAGGGUUGACUAAGUUCCGUUGUCCAGAGCAUGGUCGGUGUUUCAUGGAUCGGAGAGCUCUGCUAAACCACAUGCAGGAACACGCCGACAGUUCGCUUAAGCCUGAUGACGAGGGUGGUGGUGAAGACGGAGGUGUUAAUGAGGUCUCCGUAGGCGACGAAGACAUCAAGUUUUUCCCCGGUUUAACCAAUGUCUUUGCCAGGAGCUCUCUCCUUUCUUGUCGCAUGGAAUCACCUCAAUGUGAGGGGUGCCGUGACUACUUUCCAACUGCUGAUGUAAUGGCACAGCACCUUGAAAUAUGUGAUGGUAUCUCAUUCAGCACUCGUAGCCCUCUCGAACAAGGAUCUUAUGCUACUUCGGGCAAUGCUAGUGACAGGUCCGUCUGUGGUAUCUGCGGUCAGGCAGUAGAUGAGAUUAAGCAGCACUUCACUGACGUCCAUCUCACUUGUCUCCUCUGUGGUGCCCAGUUGCAUACCAUCGAAGAACUUUCUUAUCAUUACAAAGUGCACGUGGAGGACAAUGCCUCUGAGGCUUCAGAGAGGCUGAGUGAGGUCUCCACCUGCGAGACAUGUCUCAACUUCUACAGCUCGAAGCAUAACUACUACUUUCAUCAAUGGGCAGAACACGGUGUUAUCUUCAAACAAGAUCCCACUACCGGCAUGCUAGGUCCUGUCCAAGUUAGGGAACCUCGCAACCGAGCCAGUGAUGAAGAGGCUCUAACAACAAAGUUAAAGUGCAAGUUUUGCCAAUUUGUCUGCCCCUGUUCAGGCAAACAGUACGUAGACCAUCUCCAAUCUGCGCAUGAUAUCACAUCUGACGUAUCCUUGGUUUGCCGUUUUUGCGCUGAAAUAUUUGGAAGCUUGAAUGAGCUUUCCAACCACCUUCAAGCGAAUCAUGCUCCCCUCUCCGAAUACAACAAUGCUGGGCCGCAGACAGUCUACCGAUGUGAUGUGUGCACUUCAACACCCUUUUAUGCCUUUCACAAGGGGAUGCUGGAUCAUGCUCGAGAAGUGCAUAACAACCUCACACCCAACAUGUACGAAUGUCCACACUGUCGGGAGAGGUUUUCUGAUCGUCGUGCGCAUCGGCUGCAUGUAGAGAAGCACGCUGAGGGGGUGCUCCACCCCUGCACAGAGUGUGGGAAGGAGUUCCGUUCGAAACAAGCUCUCAUGCACCACAUUCAAAUGCGCCACGACACUUCAGAAUGGGAGCAAGGACCUGCUACUUGUGAACACUGUGGAAUCACUUACCCCAAACGCUCGGCUCUCAAGUAUCACAUUGCUCGAAUGCACAAUCUGGAGCUUCUGCACGAGUGCCCCGUGUGUCAGCAGCGUUUCCGCAUUGAAACGUACCUAAGACGUCAUAUGAAGGAGACGCACAGUGGACCCAUCAAGUGUGAAAUUUGUCAGAAGCAGUGCGCCAAUUUACGUUGCUAUUCACAACAUCGACAAAAGCACUUCAGAGAUAAAAUCUUCCAGUGCACUGAAUGCUCGGUCUCCUUUAAAAGCAAGACCGCUAUGCGACGGCAUGUUCGUGUGGAGCACAUGCAGUUGGGUCCGGAGAAGUUUGAAUGUCAAAUCUGCGGAAAGAUUGUCACACAAAUUGGAAUGCACAUGCUGACGCAUAAGGACGCGCGUUUCAAGUGCAUUUACUGUGACAAGCAGUUUACCAAGUCGGUAUACUACAACGAGCAUGUGCGAAUUCACCUGGGUCAGCUGCCUUUUGAGUGUCAUAUCUGUGGACGUCGAUUCAAUAAGAAGUCAAACCUUAAUGUCCAUCUCAAAUUCCACGAGAAGCAUCGUGAUGAGGAUGGAAACUACUUGCAACUGAAGGCCCGCGGUCGUGUGAGCAUUAUGUUUGGUGAUGCAAGUCUGACACCGGAGGAACGAGCAGCGAAGAACGCCGCGCUGAAGAACAAGUCUAACAAGCCAACACAAACAGUGGCAGUGGGUCCCGACCUGCCAGGCGCUUUUAACGUCGGUGGAGCAGCAGGUGCUGCAUCCGACGCUUGUGCAAAGGCUUGUGGAGGGCAUCUGACCGAUGUUGUUGGCCUACGACCUCUUAAUUCCAGCAUUCUCGCUAAUCAUCCUCACUUCGCCUCAGCCUCUGCCGCCUCCAACUCCAAUUCUGUAACAAUCACCAACAUCUCCAACGGCGAUGAGACGAAGCCUGCCUUUGUUUGA